CAUAGGCAACAUCUUAGAUUGCCUCGAGGUUCUCGCUGCCCCCCAAAGCCUCGAUCCCCCGGGCCAGAACAUCCUCAUCCGCAACAGCGACAGCACCUCGGAAGCCCAAACUAGGAGCUCCUUCGCUACUGCAAUCGCAGCCGGCUCCGGCGGACUGCUCAUAUGCUCAACCUCCAGGCGAGAGAUGGCUAUCCCUCCUUCUAAAAGGAAACAUCAUUCCGACGAUGCUGAACAGAAGGAGGACGAAGCCAACGGCGGCGACAACAACGAAAUCUACGACGAGAUCUAUGACGAGAGCCACAACUCUUCUAGAUCUAAAGGUAAGCAACUUGAGUCGCUCGCGCUUCUCAUAAGGAGAAAGAGAACUGGAACCUGAGUCUGAUGAUGAGAGAUCCGAAUGGCAUCUCAAUGCCAAAGAGGGUGACAAAUGAUCUUGAGUUAGUAAAACCUAAAAUCAUCCUAUCUCCCAGCUAAAGGAGCAGCCUAGGCAAGUGAAGCCUUGACAAACUUAAUUGGGACCGAUGUUUUGAAGAUAGAUUACGGAAUGGUAUAGAGCAUCUGUUUGAGUUAAAAAUAGGUAGGUUGGGUCAUAAUAUAAACGACACAAUUACCCAACCGCCAGUCUCCAGACGCCAGUCGCUACCCG